UCCAUCCAGUGGUAGAAAUGGAAGUGGUUCUGGUGCUCGUCAGUGUGUUCUUCACUAAAGGACUAGCACUGCAAUGUUACCAAUGCAUAGAGGAGUCUCCUCAGACUUGUCCUAGAAUGGAAUGUCCAUAUGACUGUAACAGCGUCACUGCCACCUUUAGCCUGGGUGGCGUACAGGUGGAACACAGUGUGAGGACUUGCCUGCUGUCAGUCUUUUGUGUCACAGGUGGAAUAAAUGCAGGGUUUCUGAGAGCGACCAUCAACUCCAAAUGCUGCAAGACUGAUCUCUGCAAUGACAAAGCACUGCCAGUUUUACCGAACCAGGCUCCCAAUGGAAAGAAGUGUUGUACCAAUAACGACUGCUCAGAAACUGUGAAGUGUGUGGGAGAUGAGGAUCACUGCAUUAAUGGAUCAGUUCCCUUUGUUCCCUUUGUCCCAUUAUUUAGUAAGGCAUCUUUGCAAGGAUGUGCAAGCAAGAGCAUCUGUGAUGGGCUCGUGUCCAUCUCUCAACAAUUCAACAUCACUGCGGAUAUUAAGUGCUGUGAGGGGAACCUGUGUAACACUGCUAUCAGUAUUAGUCUGGGUCUCCUCAUCAUGCUGGGGUCUCUGCUGACCUCCAUCCUCUUCCUCUGAACUUCCUCUGAACUAUUUCAAGCCCUUUUCAGGAAAUACUGAAACAAAUACAGCAGUUUUAGUAGAGAUUUUAAAUGUCUGCAUCUCCACUGCUGUCCAGCUUACUGAUUAAUAUCUUUACUGUAUAUUCAGACUUUAUCUUCAGGUGCUUCUUAUCUGGGCCUUUAAGUGAUCAGUUUAAUGUGUUGCAUAAAACAUCCUACUGCUGUGUGUAAUAAAUAGUGUAAUAAACCCAAUACAUUGUGUAAAGACUGAUGUUGUUGUAAUCCUAAUUUCUGAUUUCUCUAAUCUCUAAUUAAAGUUUCAGUUUUUCAGAAUUAAGCUCUGUGAGAUACUUCUGACUCUACAGCCCCCUCUGCUGCUGAGAGAAGUGAAUAAGACCACAUUCACAUCAUUCUCAUAAAUUCAGCGAGAGUAUUUGUAACUCUUUCAUACAUAACGUCAUCUGCCCUGCAUUGGUAGCCUCCAUGUCAUCCUGGGCCUCCUGGAGAAGAUCCUAUUCCUGAUGAAGGUUAUGAAAAGGUACCAAUACCUAUUUUUCACCGUGGAAGAACUUAUUUAAGGUGCAUAAUUGGACCUUAAACCCACUGCUGUACCUGCCUGGAUGAAUGAAAAAUGUACCUGCAUGGAGCCUUUAUUUCUAACAGUGCAGUAUAAAUAAUGCAUUCACUGUCUAAAUACUGUCUCACUACACAGUGGUUUAAAGCCAGAACCUUGAUUACCACCUACUGCAGCUAAAUGUUGGGAAAGGUGGCUUUUCCUGUGCAGAUGCAGUGUAAACACUCUCCUAUUGUAGAAAUUUAAACAUCUUUAAACAUUAAACAUAUUUAAACAUCAGCGCCAUCAUCAAGAGAGCCCAGCAGAGGAUAUACUUCCAGCGUCAGCUCAGGAAGUUCAACCUGAUCUGAUGGUGCGGUUCUACACAGCCAUCACAGAGUCUGUCAUCACCACGUCCAUCACAGUGUGGCGUAGCUCAGCCACCAAGCAUGACCUCCACAGACUGCAGCGCAUCAUCAGAUCUGCAGAGAGGACAAUUGGGUUAAGAUACCCACAUUGCUGGAUCUGCAUGCCUCCAGAACCAGGAAGCAUGUAGGGAAGAUCUCUGCUGACUCAUUCCACCCCGGACACCACCUGUUUCAGCUCCUUCCCUCAGGCCGGCGCUUCAGCCAGAUGAGGAUCAGGACAUCCAGGCUACAGAGAAGCUUCUUUACUCAAAAAAUGACUCUUUGAAUUUACUUAAUUUUUUUUUUUCGUCAAAGUGUUGCACGAAAUUAAAUUAUCU